AUCACAUCAGCGACCUUUCAUGUUUGCCAUGCUGAGUGUUUGAAUGAAGUCUGUUGAAUGUCUUUUGUAAUCUUAGACCGAUUUUUACUUUUAAAUCGUCUUUUUAUGGUUGGAUUACGAUGUCUCUGAUAAGAAAUGUCUUAAAACUGGUCGUGGUUAUUUGUCUGUUGGUGUUGGCUGUUCAGUUCUUGAGAUAUUGGAUGGCAACUAAACAGUAUGUCUUUACAAAAGAAGAUGUUGCCAAGUUAGCCAGACAGUAUGCAGGCCAGGAUCACGAGCAAGCCUUCUUUAAAGUAGUUGUGGAGCUGCGUAAGAGAUAUCCGGGCCACAUCCUCCCUGAUGAGGACCUGCAGUGGGUGUUUGUGAAUGCCGGCGGGUGGAUGGGGUCCAUGUGUCUGUUGCAUGCAUCACUCACAGAGUAUGUGCUGCUAUUUGGUACUGCAGUGGACACGGGAGGACAUUCAGGCCGUUACUGGGCAGAAAUAUCAGACACUAUAAUUUCUGGAACGUUCAGGCAAUGGAAAGAGGGAACGACUAAAAGCGAGACUUACUAUCCAGGUGACACUAUAGUGCAUGCAGUGGGAGAGGCUACCUCAGUGCAGUGGAGCGCUGGGACGUGGAUGGUGGAAUACGGCAGAGGAUUCAUUCCCUCAACGUUGGGCUUCGCUUUAGCCGAUACGGUCUUUAGCACCCAGGACUUUGUAACACUAUUUUAUAUUGUACGUGUUUACUUGAAGAGUAUGCUCUUGGAGGCGAGUACUUUCCUGACAGAAGCUAGCAUUCUCUGAAAACCACACUAUGUUUUGUGUCAUGUCCAGGUGUUUUUGGGGUAAUUGAUCACAAUGGCAGCCCUUUGUGAAUGGAAGGCCAAUGUAUUAAAUUGUAAAGCAGUUAAUGUAACUACUAUUGUAAUUAAGAAAGUUUUAUUUUCCCUACUGUACAAAAUGUUUAUCAAAUAUAAUUUCGAAAAGUGAAAUGUCAAAUACUGUGGCUGGUUUUGGGUGAAAAAAUGAUGCGUGUUAUUGAUUUAGCUGCUCAAUACUAUCCAGAAACGGUUAAAGCGAGGUAUGAAUGAAAAAUACAGGAGAGUUCUGUAUUUUGAGAUCCCACUCUGCAACUUUAAAAUACUGUGAAUAUUGUUGCUUUAUGUUUCAUAACAGAUACAUUUAACGUCCAAAAUUGUCUCUCUGUUCGCCAGAAUAAACCAUCAAUUUAUAUUGUUAAGACUUUGAA